GCUGCCGGCCAGAUCACGUGAUCCUGCCACCACCAGAACUACAUCACCCAUGACGCUUUGGGUGCGAAGGGCAUACGGCGCGCCUUUCGUUGCUAUGGAGCCUUAACGGUUCCCUUUCUUACUAUCGUUUUGGGCAGCAGGAUGCCGUUACCUCCCCUUUCUCCAGCUCGAGUAUUUGCACAGUUGGUCCCUCCGCCCGCCGGGACGGAUAGCCGGGAGAAUGAGCUUUCGAGAGUCGCUGGUGGAGUCCCCGCAUGUUUACUGCCGCCCGGGAGGGAGGUUCAUGUGGGCGGCAGCGCGGAGCUCAGCGCCAGCCCGGACCGAGCAAAAGUCACUUUUUAUCUGAGAAGCAGGAAAGGGGAGGCUGGCGCAGCGCGGAGCAGCGUCACUCGGAGGCUAGAUUAUGUCGUUCAGACUGCCCGGCAGCGCGGAAGUAUAACGGAGAACGAGAUGUCAGUGACAAAGAACUUUAGUAGAACAGACAAUAUUUAUAAGAUGGAAGCAGAGGUCUGCAUUACAUUCAGUGAUUUUGGAAAAAUGCAAGAUGUGUGUAACUUUCUUGUUGAGAAACUAGGUUGCUCUGUUAUCAUCAGUCCACCUCACUUUUACCAUACAAUGGAGAAAAUAGAUGCUCUUCGGCGCCAGGUUUGUCUUGCUGCUGUUGGGAGCGCCCGGCAAAAAGCUCAAGAAGUGUGCCAGUUGUUUGGCCAGCCUCUGGGGAAACCUUUGCUAAUAAGGGAAGAGGAAGUGAAGGAGUGGGAGGGCCACCAUGAAAAUCAUCUAGCCAACUCCCCAGAUUCCCUGGGUUUGCAGCAGAGACUCCAAAGUGGCACCAUCCAUGUUUCCUCAAGGAUAUUUGCUGUUUUUGAAAUAAAGGGAGAGAAGAAGAAAAAACAAGCAGCUCAUAUAAAUGUGAACUGAAUUAUUACUGAAGUCUUGAAUUGUUUUCUUGUGUUAAGAAAAAAUGUUCUCAGGAAGCUCAACUUGAUUUUCCAUUAUCAAAAAAUUAAAACACUGACAUUUAUUCGCUUUUUUAAAAUGAUUCCAUGAAAUUGUAACAGAGGCUGUAAUCCUCUGUAUUUGUGUAUAAGCUGUACUGAACUCAGUGCAUUGGAUCCAAAUUUACCUUUCGUUCCUUGGAAGAAGUGCUCCUGUCAUGGAAGAAGCCCUUGUGCUCACAAAGACGUCUAUGAAUAGAAGCUCCUUCCAUGAUCAAAACAGUGUUUGGAUACAACCCAGUGAAUGUUUGAGUAAACUAUAUAUAGGAUCAAUUUAUUGUAUGCUUAAUAUACUGUUCACUAGAA